UUCGUUGUGCGCUUUAUUUAUGAAUCCAUAUAUAUAUUGUUUAACCUAAUAACGGAAGCUAGGGCUUAUCUCUCUGUAUUUCACUCGCCGGCAUAAAAGAGGCAAGAGGAAGAAGACAGUCGCAGGAUUGAAAAUGAAGGGACGCCAAGGAGAAAGAGUUAGAUUGUAUGUUCGAGGAACAGUCCUCGGUUACAAGAGGUCGAAGUCGAACCAGUAUCCCAACACUUCCCUAAUCCAGAUUGAAGGUGUGAACACUACAGAGGAGGUUGCUUGGUACAAGGGAAAGCGCUUGGCUUACAUCUACAAAGCAAAGACAAAGAAGAACGGUUCGCAUUACCGUUGCAUUUGGGGCAAAGUCACUAGGCCUCAUGGUAACAGUGGUGUUGUUCGCUCUAAGUUCACUUCAAACCUACCACCAAAGUCAAUGGGAGCUAGAGUGAGAGUCUUCAUGUACCCAAGCAACAUAUGAGUGAGGUGGGUAGUUUCAAGAUCUGGCUCCAUUAUCAUGUCUCAGAAGCUAUAGUUUAUCCUUUGUUCACUUUUGUCCUAAACUCAAGUCGAUUUUUGUUAUCUCUAGACUAAGUAUUUCUCUUGGGAUAAUAUAAUUUUGAUGGAAUUCCAGCAAAAAAAUAUGAUCCAAAAAAACUCGUAAUUUAUUUUCUUCACUG